AUGGGAAUUUCAGGUGGAAUGAGACCCGGACGCAGAUCUCGUGCUGGCAGGAACCAUUCACCCGCUGGUGAGGGUGAUGAUGAGCAUGUUCCUCGUGGGUUGUUACGGACCGUGGAGCGGUUGUUUGAGCGUUUUGCAGCGGCUCUCCCCAAUCCUAGGACUGAUUAUACUGUGGAGCGUGCCAGACGCCAUGGGGCGUAUACUUUCUCUAGUGCUCCUACGGAGUCCUUAGCAGGAGACUGGAUUACCCGCAUGGAGAAAGUAUUUGAGUCCUUGGGUUGUCCAGCUGCUAGGAGGGUUCCUUUGGCUAUUGACCUCCUAGACGGGGAUGCAUGGCUUUGGUGGCAGGGUACCAGGAAUAUGGGUUUUGACCCAACUACCAUGACUUGGGAAGAGUUCAAAACGGAGUUUUCAAAUCGGUACUAUAAUCAGGCAUCCCAGCACCGCCUCCGAUUUGAGUACAUGCAGUUGAAGCAGACUGAAGAGAUGACUGUGUUACAGUAUGAGGAGCGUUUCAUUGAUUUGUCUUGGUUUGCCCCUGAGUUGGUGGCGACAGAAAAGUUGAAGGUUGAUCAGUUUAUCAAUGGCCUCCUACCUAUGUAUCGAGAUUGGUUGGCGCCUCACAAUUAUCCGACUUUUAAGUUAGCUGUGGAGGCUGCUAUGAGGUGUGAGGCUAGAUAUCUGGACGGUUCCCGACCUUUGGAGAUUGGCGGUCCCAGUCAGGGGCCAUCUAAGAGAAUUGCCUCUAGUUCGGGUUCUGCAUCGUCAUCAGGCAGUAGACCGAGCAGUUCAGAUUCUAGCUCUCGUCAGCGCUUCAGGGGACGCUUCAGGAGGCCUGGGCAGACAGGUAAGAGACAGUCCAGGGGGGGCACUGCUAGUUCCAGUGGAGGCUUUGGUAGACAGGCGAUUCCGAUAGACUAUCCCCAGUGUGCUACUUGUGGUAGACACCAUGCAGGCCCGUGUCAGGCAGGUGUGGGGACUUGUUACCAGUGUGGCCAGUGGGGUCACUACAGGAGAGAAUGCCCUCAGUUGACCCAGGGAGUCUUCACUACUACUGGUCAGAGUAUGGGUCAGACAUCUGUGGGUGCUACUAGUUCGGGUUCUCAUGGCAGUUUGACAGGCAGGAGCAGCACUCAGCCGGGUCGUGGACAGAGAGGGCGUCCAGUGACCCAGGCCCGUCUUCAUGCUAUGACCCAGCAGGAGGGGAUGGAUUUCCUACGGAUGCAUCAUGCCUUAGUGGAUUUCUUUUGUAGUACUGUAUUAUUUCGGAGUCUGGGUAAGCCAGUUGUCACCUUUUAUGGUGAACGGGAGGUUCUCCCAUCUUGCAUAAUCUCAGCUUUAACUGCUAAGAAGAUGUUGAGUAAGGGUUGCCAAGCUUAUUUGGCACAUGUGGUGAAUUCAAAUGCCGAAGUUAUGGAUCUUAGCCAAAUUCCUGUUGUUGGUGACUAUCCAGAUGUAUUUCCAGAAGAAUUGCCUGGAUUGCCCCCGGUGCGAGAGAUAGACUUUACCAUUGAUUUACUUCCAGGUACAACACCCAUCUCUCAAGCACCUUAUAGAAUGGCACCGGCGGAACUGAAGGAGUUGUAUGUACAGUUGCAGGAGUUAACGGAUAAGGGAUUUAUACGACCUAGUGUAUCUCCCUGGGGUGCACUUGUGUUGUUUGUGAAGAAGAAAGAUGGUACUUUGAGGCUUUGUAUUGAUUACCGGAAACUAAACAGGGUGACUAUAAGGAAUAAAUAUCCCUUGCCCCGCAUUGAUGAUUUGUUUGACCAGUUGAGGGGUGCUAAAGUUUUCUCAAAGAUUGAUUUGAGGUCUGGUUAUCAUCAGUUACGGAUUAAAGAGGAGGAUGUAGCCAAAACUGCUUUUCGAUCACGUUAUGGUCAUUAUGAGUUCCUUGUUAUGCCUUUUGGGUUGACUAAUGCACCCGCUGCUUUCAUGGAUCUCAUGAACAGGGUGUUUCGCCCGUAUCUUGACCGCUUUGUGAUUGUGUUCAUUGAUGACAUACUGGUUUAUUCUAAAAGUGAGGAGUUACAUGCUGAGCACUUGAAUAUUGUGUUGGAGACUCUACGACUACACCAAUUGUAUGCUAAAUUCAGUAAGUGUGAGUUUUGGCUUGACCAAGUGACAUUCUUGGGUCACAUCAUUACAGCUGCUGGUGUUAGUGUGGAUCCGCAAAAAGUAGAAGCAGUGUUGAAUUGGGAAAGACCUACCAAUGUAACGGAGAUUCGUAGUUUCUUGGGUCUUGCUGGAUAA